AUGUUCCAGAAUGAGAUCGAUGUUGUCAGGAGCAAUGGCAUCUAUCCUGGAUUUAUCCCUGAUUUUCCCCUAAUUUCCCCUGGAUUAUAUCCCUGCUUUGUGUCAGGAACCCAUCCCCGCUGCUCCCGCCCCCCGGGUCACCCCGUGCCACCCCGUCGCCGUGUCCCCCUGUCCCCGCAGGAGGACAACCACAGCUACUACGUGUCGCGGAUCUUCGGCCCGGGGGACGCGCGGCGCCGGGGGCUCUGGGUGGACCUGGCCGCGGCCAACGGGAGCCACGUCAGGGUCCACGGGAUCCUCUCCAACACGCACCGCCAGGCCUCGAGGAUUGUCCUGUCCUUUGACUUCCCCUUCUACGGCCACCUCCUGCGGCAGGUCACCAUCGCCACCGGCGGUUUCAUCUUCACGGGGGACGUCAUCCACCGCAUGCUCACGGCCACGCAGUACAUCGCCCCCCUCAUGGCCAACUUCAACCCCAGCUACUCGCGGAACUCCACCGUGCGGUACCUGGACAACGGGACGGUGUUUGUGGUGCAGUGGGACAAGGUUUAUCUGCAGGGCAAGGAGGACAUGGGCAGCUUCACCUUCCAGGCCGCCCUGCACAGCAGCGGGAGGAUCGUCUUCGGCUACAAGGAGAUCCCGGUGCCCGUCCUGCAGAUCAGCGCCAGCCAGCACCCCGUGAAGGCCGGGCUCUCCGACGCCUUCAUGGUGCUCAACCCUUCUCCCGACGUGCCUGAGUCCCGGCGCAGGACGAUCUAUGAGUACCACCGUGUGGAGCUGGACACCAGCAGGAUCAGCAGCCUGGCAGCUGUGGAGUUCACCCCGCUGCCCACCUGCCUGCAGCACCAGAGCUGUGAAACGUGCCUGAGCUCGGAGCUGACCUUCAACUGCAGCUGGUGCCACGUCCUGCAGAGGUGCUCCAGCGGCUUCGACCGGUACCGGGAGGAGUGGCUGAGCUACGGCUGCGGCCAGUCGGAUGCAAACACCUGUCAGGAUCUAGCGGAAGGCGGGCACUACUCGGCGCCCCCGGGCAGCUCCGUGUCCCCGCAGCCCGGCGCUGUCACCUCCCCCACGGCCUCGCUCUUCCUCGACAGCCUCACCACCGAGGAUGACACCAAACUCAACCAGUUUGCAGGAGGAGAGGGGAGCAGCCUUCCCUCGCGGAGCGCGGGCGCCCCGAUCCCCACGGGCGCCGUGGUGGGCAUCGUGGUGGCCGUGCUGGUGGUGGCCGGGCUCAUCCUGGCCGGGAUCUACAUCAGCGGCCACCCCACGUCCAGCGCCGCCCUCUUCUUCAUCGAGCGGAGGCCACACCGCUGGCCCGCCAUGAAAUUCCGGAACCGCGGCAACCGCGCCUCGUACGCCGAGGUGGAGGCGGCCAGCCAGGAAAAGGAGGGGUUUGUGGAGGCCGAGCAGUGCUGAGCGCUUCUCCCGAGGAAUCCGUCCCGAGGAAUCCCAAGGAAUCCCGAGAAAUCCUGAGGAAUCCAUCCCGAGGAAUCCUGAGGAAUCCAUCCCAAGGAAUCCUGACAAAUCCCGAG